CGUACACGCGUUUGCGGGCUCCCGUGCGUUUUGAUUAAUUGUCGUGCCGCGGUUCUCGUACUCCGGUGGUGUGUUUUAGCCGAGACGGUGACAAAGUCCGAACUGUCGAGCCCCUGGGAUGCAGCCAAGGACGAUAGAGACGAGCGGAUGGCGGAGGAGAACGAACAAUGGUGAAGUGUCCGUUUCCACUUUGUUAGCCGCGAAUCCGCAUUGCUCCAGUCUCGUGUCGAGGCUAGCCGCUGUGUCUCUCGUUGUAUUUACGACGGCAAGGACGUGUUCUUGGCCCGUGUUUAGAAUUUUCGAAAGCGGCUAGAAUCGGGCCUCAUGGAGCUUCGUGACACGGUAUCGUAGGUAGGGUUAGAUUAGGUUAGGGUUAGGUUAGGUUAAGUGCAUAUAAAAAAUCGUCUUUUAUUAAAUAUAUUCAAGCCCUGGAGCAGCAGGCUCGCGCCAAGUAGCGUUUCCGUUGUUAUUUCUGUAUGUUAAUCGGUCGUGAGUAUUUUUGUGUGUCUCGUGAUAGUCCUAUCGUGCCGUUCACGUGCCGCGCGCAGCUAGCGUCUCGUUCCGGCGAUCAGCUGACGCGGUGAAAAGUGUUAUAACGAGUCUUGCGCAUUACUUGAGUAAUUAACGCAUCUCAUAUCGCGCUAUUUUUCACCUCGCCGUGAUUGUUUAAUUGAUCAUACCGAACUCCUUGCCGUCGAGGCCGUCGAGUCAUGGCGUGAUCGAAUAUCGAACCGAAACCGUGCGUGGAUUUUCUCGCGCGAUCGGCCAGAGAAAAGUGCGCGCGAGUCGGAAGUAUCGCAAAUCGGAAGGAGAAAUUAGAACGGACUAGAGUGCGGGUGAAUUGCAAUUUUGUGUGUGGUGAAUUGUCGGGGCAAAUAUCGCCGACGAAUCGCGAACGUACUGUGAAUACGGGUCGCGUGUCGGCGUAUAUCCGGUCCGUGGAAUUCGCGUUCGAGCUGACCUAUCGUACCGUCUUAUCUUUCAACGCGCCUAAACGACCCUUGUCGCGCUUUUUCUCGUGAUCGUUGCAAUAAGAAGACCUUCCGACGUCGCGUUCGCAGUUAGUGAGCAAGUAGUUAAUGAGUGCGGGUAAAAGAACUGACCGCUCUCAACUCCGGGUCGUCUGCAAACCGGAAGCACCCAAACCGGCGAAAGCUUCGUUGCGAGUUGAUGAGUUUGACCAAAUUGCGAACAUCUGUUCACAAGUCCGCAAAAGAAGUGGGCCGAUCGGCCCUGGAGGCAGUAGGCCAGCCCGUGUUUCGUACUCGAGGGCCAGGCGGAAGACAUUUUGCGAGAAGAAGACGCGAGGGGACGCAAACGAGUGCGAGAAAAAAAGAAAGAGAGAGAGAGAGGACAAAGUGGAUUUUGCUGGAGGGAAGAAAAGAAAGUUGUAGAUCGUUAAUCGUCUCUCUGGACGUUCGAUAAAAAAAACCAAAAAAAAAAAAAAACGAGAAGAGAAAGAAAAAGAAAGAGAGAGAGAAAGCUCGAUCGACGUGUGAGAUAAUUGCGCGGCGAUAAUAAAGGUUUAGAGCGGAGUAAUAAGCCGAUAGAUCGAGCGGAAUUCAACAAGUGAAGAAACGAGGUUAGAGCGAGCAGCGCAAAAACGUUCGCGCAAAUCAAGAAUGAAGUGCUCCCGCCUGAUGUUUGUUUCUGAGCCGAGAAUUGCGAAGAAGAAGAGAGUCCGCGUGGGUGGAAAGAGCGGUUAGAAAAUUAGAAACCCCGAGGCGGCCUGCGUUUCUGCGCCGGGGACCAGACGUGCGGAAAAUCGUUCGAGGGAGAAGAAAGGAGAAAAGGGGCUAACCUCGUCAAGGACAGGUCGAAGUCAAAGCGAAGAAGAACGAAGGGUCGAGCCGGGGAGAGUAAUCAGCAUGUGCCGCUCUAAUAGGCGCGCGAUUAUAAAAAGAGUCGAUUUUUAAACGUGUCGCUCUUUUAUCGUCGACGAACAAUUUUAGUUCGCGCGUUUAAUAUAAAGUGUGAAGUAGCAGAGAAGAAGAAAUCAUCGCAUAUAUUUCGAUGAAAAAUAAUUGAAAUAUUAAAUUUCCGGGAGUUUAAGUAUCGAAAUAACGCGAGAGUGAAAAUUGAUGAUGUUUUCAGUUCGAGAGAGUGAGAAGAAGAACCAAGCUGAUUAAACAUGUGCUAAUUAAUCCAAUUCGCGAAGUGUGCGCGAUCCAAUCUGCAGGACGCAAAUAACCAAGAAAUAAUAUUGACACACAGGCGAGUCCGUACAGAUAUAUAUAUAUAUGUGCAUAUUACAUUGAUUGAUUGAAAUAGAAAAAACAUCGGAGAAAUUACAGCUGUUUGCAGGGGAGAAAACGACGCUGCAACAUGUGAUUAAAGAAUCCGUUCCCGUGGAAGAAACGAACGCGAUUUUAGAAAUCAGAAACCCGAGAGAUUCCAACAAAAGAACACAAAGAGAGAGAGAGAGAGAGAGAGCACGCGUUUGAAAUUUUAAUUAAAAUAAAUUUUAAUUAAGUUUUUAAUUUAACUAGAAUGUUAAUUGAAGUAAUUAAAUAGCAUCGCGAGGUUCUUGAUUAGAUGUAUAAAUUUUCGAAACCGCGUUGCGACCGAAUCAAUUAACUGCGAUAUCGAUCGAGGAAUCUCUCUUGCAAAAAAAAAAAAUCGUAACAACCGCGGAAAUCGUGGAAACGUUUUGCAAUCUCAAACUGCGAAUCCGCUUGCGGCGAAAGUGACACACAUACGAGGAAUCGUCAACGUGACACAGACUCGCCCUCUUGGUUAAGAGUCGUAAGAAAUAAUUUGUUUAGGAGAAUAAUCCAAGAUAAGUGGGAAGACGCGACGGUUCACGGAGACACACGUACCUGCCGGGUCAAAGAUCGCGCAUCGGGGACGGAGAGAAAGUCUUGAAAGUAUCGGCGAAAGAAAAGCCGCGCCGACAAGUGGAUAUCUCGAAUGGCGGUGUCUUCUUUGAAGGGGCGCGGUUGAUUCUUCAAGAGUUGCUGCGACGCUGCUUUAACCCUCGAUCCGCGACAGAGAGUAACCAACAAAAAGACCAACGCGGGAUAUAUAACGGGACGAGAGAGAUUAGCGUAUAGAAGAGAUACGGGAUCAUCCGCUUGGCGGAAAAGAUGAGCAGGCAAAGCGUACCACCUCCGGGCAUCAAUUCCUGCGAGAGGAUCAGACCGGAGCGGUCCAGAAACACGAUACAGAGACUCGUGUGGGGUCCGGGCUCGCAAUUCCAGGUCGGCCACGUCGGAAUCCCGGAGGAUGACGGCUCGAAUCCGCGGAUGGCUCUGAGAAGAUUGCUGAGACUUUACGAAGGCAGGCAAUACAGAGAGGCGGCCGCCUUUCUGAUGAAGCUGCCGCAUUACACCCUGAAGGCCACACUGCCGGAUAUUCCGGUAGACCUGUUGAUCGAAACGUUGCCGCACAGCCUCGCCCUGCUGGAGGCGCUCUAUUCCCGACUGGUUGAACUGAACCUGAGCGACACGAAGAUUCUGCGGAUCGAGCAGGUACUCUGGAGGAUAGUGCAUCUGAUAUCGACCGGUCAGGACCAUCCGCGGCCGCGUAUCUGGUGCAAGCUGCUCGUGUCCCUGUACAGAUUAUCGCCCGGUACGAAAAACACGUUGCUAUCGAGACGACGUGCCCUCGAGAGAGCCGUCGAGGGACUUGGCAAACACGGACUGGUGUCCUCCUCGCAGACGAGCAGCUCCGAGAACUCGAUUACGCCGAAUCUCGUGCCGUUGCCGGUGGCGCUGAAAGAAGAGCUCGAGACGCGAACGGAAACGUACAAAUUGGCAUUGCACAAAAUCGAGAGCUUGGGCAAGCAAGCGGGUAUUCACAAAGCGGAUCAAGGUGUACAGGCGGCAUCGCAUCAGCGUCAGCUUUCCCUCAAGUACAGCGAGAUUCAGCAACGUCUGAUCGACAAUCAGAGUCUGCUCAACACCCUUGAGAAAGCGGGCGGACCGUGUCGCCUCGAGAAUCUGCUCGCGGAACUGAAGCGCCGAGUCGAGCAGGACAAAGAGGCGCUGCGACAAUGGACGGCCUUGCGGAAAACAACCUGCGGAACGACGAACGCGAAGAACCCGCCGCUCGCGGCCAGGCUGCUGCAGUUCUCGAGAGGUUGCGCCCUCGCACUGCAACUCAUGAGCGAGGAUAAUCCUCAGGCAUUUCAUCUGGACGAGAAUCUGGGCGACGACUACGAGGAGGAAUCCAGCAGCGCCGGCUACCACACGGACGAGAGCUGCAGCCCGACCCCCGAGCCGGUGGUAACUGGCAGCAACUGCGAGGCUCUCAGCUUGGAGGAGAAUUGUGCGGAUUUAACGUCGGCAGAUGUGACAGUAGAGCGACUCGCCGAGAGAUACGGUCUUCUCUACGCUCAGGCCAAUCUGCACACCCUGGAUGCCUUGGACGCGUUAGAGCCACUCAAGGACGCGCCCGACUUAAAAGCGAAGAUCCUCUACUCGGUCGUAGUGCUCUCCUGGCGUUUGGCCGGCAUGGUGCAGACAUCGAGGCGCCUUGAGGCCCUCAAGAUCCUGAACGGCGCGGCCGCGGUGUCGCAGACGGCGACGCCGGAGCUUGAGGAAUGUAUCAAACGACAGCUGGCGAUUUCUGGCGCGCAGACCGGUUCCCGCGAGGUCGCCGAGCAGGUGGUCAACCAGCUGGAGAGGACACUGUACGACUUUCCGUGUCUACGUGGCUGCCCCGAGGUCAAGAGUUACGCCACCGCGUGCUCCACUUUAGCCUGGGCGUGUCUCGCGCGAUCCACGCCGCUGGUGCUCGAUGUUGCACAGAGUCUCGAGUUCCGCCGGGAGAUCCAUGUGAGGCAUCACGCGUCACCGAAUCCGCACGGGACCAGAAUCCAAUCGGUCCUGUGGCCAGGACUUCGGGAGGGCUGUCAAGGACCCUGCCUUCACAGAGCCGUCGUGCUGACCUGCUAAAGCACGCGGUUUUUCUGUAAGAAAAUUUCAGAGGGACUGUUUUAUUUAAUUUUUAUUCGGUUGUUUUAAUUUGAGGUUGAAACUUCAAUUUUACGGUUUUUUUUUCAUUAAAAAAAAAUCUUUUACACGAAUGUGUAAGAAUAUUUAAAAAAGACCCCCGAGAAUUAAUAGGAAAAACAAAGUACAGUACAAUAAUUUUUUUAUAAGCUCAAUUAAUAUAAAAAUAGUUUAAAAAAUAUAAAAUAUAAAAUAAUUUAAAGAAUAAUUACCACAGUACGAAUAUAAUUUUUGUUUCGGAAGAUAUCUUACUUCGCUGGAUUAUCUCGGGCGGAAUCUCGCAAAAUCAUGAAAAUAAUUUAAAUUUUGCGCAACAAAAAAAAAAUAAAUGGACGGAGUGCGAAUUGGAUGCGAAAUGGUUGACAGAGAAAAUCUCGUAUGCACGAGAUGCACCGCAACGAGAUGCUCCAAUUUCGUUCGUGCUAACGAUAUGCGUUCUACGCCGUUGACACUCGAUACCACAAACCGGACAACUUUAAAUUUUCAGAAACGUAUCUGAUGCUCGUGGCUUUGCAGAAUCGAGAAUUCUAGGGUAGUAUGACACAGUGCGUUUGUGCAAUCCCUACAUAUUCCUCUGCAUUCUUGUUUAUGCGGGUGUUAUCUGACGUUCGCGGAAAAAAAAAUCGAUAUGAGCGAAUGACGGCUGACAUAUAAAGAGCGAUGAAUGUCGAAAACUCACGUGGCGCCGAGAACAAUACCUACACUAAGAGUAAAUGAUAGCCGGAACAAUCAAAUGUAAAAAAUGUGUAUGCACAUAUUUAAAAAGUAUUAUUGUUAUAAAAAAGAGAGAAAAAGAGAAAAUUGUGAUGAAAAAAGUUUUUUCUCAUAUUUUUACAGGAAAAAAUUCUGGUCUUUUGAGUUACGUGAGUUUUGACGCGAGUGUUCCAUUUAAAUUACGUAAUUUAUCGAUUUCGAGCUUCUUAAAAAAAAAGACAUUUAAUCUGAUUAUAAACUACUUAUCAAGAAGCACGAUAGUGCCUCGCGCCAAGUUCACGCGCAACAAAGUGGCGCACGAACUGCGCGAGGUAGGAUUCUCUCGAAGCCUAUAAAAUUAGCACUUAUAGUUGUACAGUCUAUAAUAUAUAAGUUAGAAUUAAACACUACAGAUUGUAAGAUAUAGAAUUACAAUAGAAACAAAUUAUACCGGAAACAAAUAAUAAUAAUAAUAAUAAUAAGAUGAGAGCGGGUGGGGCUAUUAAAGUCCCUUUGUGUGACCCUAGAUUUAUAAGAUCUUCUGUGACUCCCGGCUAUAGUUGCCUAUCGGCCUAUCUGCUUUUCGGUCCGGCAUUUUCUGGCAGGCUACACAAGUGGCCGAUCUUGAGAUAUUUUUCAGGUCCUCGGGCUCUGCAAACAUGCGGCCCAGGGAUCUGAACCUUUUAAGCACUACCAGAAACAAAUAGAAACAAUUAAAUCGUUUACGCAAACAUUAAUGCUCGAAAAUAUACACAGAUUAACAUUUCGUUAUUUUUUUUAUAUAAACUAAGAGAUUAGGCAUAUAAGUUUUGUUUUAAAUUACUAACAAUUGA